AUGGCACAGAGCAAAGGCAAUCCUCCUCAAGUACCUUCUGGCUGGAAGGCUGUGUUUGAUGACGAGUAUCAAACUUGGUUUUAUGUAAAUUUAUCGACAAACAGCUCUCAAUGGGAACCACCAAAGGGAACAACAUGGCCAAGACCCAAAGGUCCCCCACCAGGGGUCAACAAUGAGAAAAGUUCUCGUCAAGAGGUUGAUCAGGCUCCCCCACCCUAUUCUUCACAGUCAAGAGCACAACCUCAAGCACCAGCACAACAAACACGUUACUAUCAGCCUCAACAAUCUCAGUACCCUCAACAGCCUCAACAACAACGUUAUUACCAACAGCAGGCCCCAAUGGCAGCAGCAGCUCCACAGCAAGCAUACUAUGGAACUACUCCAAGUGCUGCUAAAAGCAGCGGACAUGGUGGCGCGAUGAUGGGUGGUUUACUUGGUGUUGGUGCAGGUUUGUUAGGCGGAGCCAUGCUGGAACACGCAUUUGACGACCACGAUAACUAUGACCAACCAGAUAAUGUGGUUGUCGAGAACAAUUACUACGGCGAUGACGGUGGGUUCGACGGUGGUUUUGAUGGUGGAUUCGACGGUGGCGAUUUUUGA